AUAAAUUGUGUGAGUGUGUGUAGGAGAGGAGAUUAGUUGUGUUCUUUGUUCUUGUGUGUGUAGUAACAGUAAUAGUAAAGUUGGUAGCAGUGAGUCUUGUGUUGAAGCAAUCUGUGUUCUUUCCGUGUGGUGAAGUGAAUGAAUGAAUGAGUAAGAAAAAGCCACAACCAAUUUGAACCCCAAACGACACACACAUACACCGUUUUCAACGGUCAUUUUUUUACCAUCAAAGAGUGUGGUCAAAGCAAGGAACACCAAACAUGGCCGAAACAUCCUCAUCAGACAACAACAACAAUAUUCCAAUCGAAAUUGUUAGCGACGAAGAAAUGGCUUUCAUAGAAGCAGCUUAUGCUUCUAUUUCUUCUUCUUCUUCUGUUUUGUCUCGUUCUCUUUCUUCUUGUUGUUCUUCUUCAACACCUUCUUCUUCUCCUCGUCUUUUUCAUCAAAACAAUGUUCUCUCCAUUAAUUCAAUCACCCUUUUAUCAAAACGAAAGCUUUCAUCAUCAUGUGGUGCUGGUGAUAUUGAAGAUACUCUUAAAUUUGUUAAUUCACAGAAAAAACCCAAUCUUUCUGAUUCCUUUCUCCGUCGUUUUAGAAAGAAACGUGCUUUGUCCGUCACUGAUCUUACUUCCACGGAAUGGUGCCCUAAACAAAUGGAAUUUACACUCACUCUUGGAGGGCGAAAGGUCAAUCAAUUUAUGAAAGCUGGCAUUGCUCGACAUGCAAAACUUGAAGCAGAGGUUAUAAAACGGGUGGAAGUAAAGAUCCAAUCACAAGAAGAUCGCUGGGCCCUGAAGUUUCUUAAUUUUAUAAGUGGCGUGAAUCAAUUAUUGUUUGAAGGAUUAACUCGGGAACUGCCGAUAAUAGGCUUUGCAGAAGAUAUAUGGAUGGUGGGGGUGAUUGACGAGGUUCGGAUGCCAUUAACCGAAAAUGAUCAUAAUCCAAUACUAAUUGACACAAAGACUCGUGCUCGAGAUACACUUCCGGCUGAACCACAACGAAGAAACGGAAGGCUUCAAUUGAUGUGUUACAAGUACAUGUGGGACAAUUUAGUUUCUGAUAACUUUCCUUCUAAAAACUUUUUUACUUAUUUUGGCUUAAACCCUCGAAGUAUUCUAUGUGAAGAUCUCAAAGUGUUAAGUGCUGACUCUGGAUUUUCUGCUUCGACCCUUGAUGAUGUGGUGAGAUAUUACAGAAAUACUUAUAUGAUGUUGUCCCCGGCUAAUGAUCAGCUUUUGUUGAGAUACGAGUAUCAGAAAGAUCAUUCGCUGCUUUGCGAAGAUAAAUUUACGUAUGAUUCUGAGUGGCUAAAGAAUCAAAUUAGUUCUUGUCUUGAGUUUUGGCUUGGAGAGCGAGAAGCCGCCUAUGUUCAUGAGGAGGAGCGUUGGAAAUGUCGAUUCUGUCAAUAUGCCACCGUCUGUCCUGCAUAUACCGAUAGUAAGGGAAUGAAUGCCGAUACAAGCAAUGAUUCAAAAGCCAAAGAAGUCUAGAUAUCUAAUGCUGAAUCUGACGAUGCUGUUAGCUUCCUCAAUAACGGUUGAAAACAAGAAAAAGAAUGAUACUUCAACCGGGUUGUCAAUAAUAAAGGUUUUCCCCUGAUGACACCUCGUGAAAUUUCUCAUUUCUUGUCCCGCCUUUAUUCGGAUCGGUGCAACCGCAGGCGAUCUUGCUGAUUAUAACUUAUAGGCCUAUUAGGUUUACUGUAACCAUUGUCUCAUUCAUUUAUCCAAUGAAUUGUUGUUGUAGUAGCAUGUCAAUUAUUUUUGUAACUACAAAUAAUACAUUGUCAUCAUGUAUAAAGUAAGUUUGUUUUGGAUGAUUAGUGUAAAAUUUGUAUUGAUAUUAAUAUAUUAUCAAAGGCACCAGCAAAGAUGGAUGUG